UGGGAGGAUGAAACUUCUAACACUUCUCCUGUGAUGAUGCGAGUUGACCCAAAAGGUUUCUAUGUUUACUGGACAUUUCAGAGCAAGGAGAUUGAGUUUCUGGAAAUCAGCAACAUCAGAGACACAAGAUUUGGAAAGUAUGCCAAAAUACCAAAGAGCCAAAAGCUCCGUGAGGUUUUCAACUUGGACUUUCCUGAAAACAACUUCUUGGCCAAGACUCUUACCCUUGUCUCCGGCCCUGAUAUGGUCAAUCUGACAUUUCACAACUUUGUGUCAUACAAAGAAAAUGUCAAUAAGCCUUGGGCAGAGGACAUUAUGGCCAUUGUUAUCAACCCGCAGACAACCAAUUUAUCUCGCAUGGGAUUCUUUGAGAAGGUGUAA